UUCUUUACACUCUUGUGGCCAACGAACCCCCUAUUUUUUGAGACAAUGGCCAACCUCCUCAAGCUCACCACCAUUUUCUUCCUCAUGUUACAUUCACUCCUAGCUCUGCAUUUUCAAAUGGCCUUCUCAUCGUCGGAGCUCGAAGACAAUGACGAAGUGUACGUAAUCGACUCCCCGAAUCCCAACUUCAGAUCAAGAAGCAGGUUCUUGGCCAGCAUCAUCAAAAAAGGUGCACAAUGUAACCCAAUCAAGAACAUUUGCAAUGGGAUUUCUGCAAACAAAGGGACCGGCAUUCUCUAUUGCUGCAAGAAACAUUGCCGAAAUGUUCUUAGCGAUAAGAACAAUUGUGGAAAAUGUGGGAAUAAAUGCAAGUUUGGAAUGCGUUGUUGCAAUGGAACUUGCAUGAAUACUACUUCGGAUGCCAACAACUGUGGCAAGUGUGGUAAAAAAUGCAAGUAUGGGGUUAAAUGUGAGUAUGGAUACUGUGGGUAUGCUUAGAAAUAUAUGUUCAUUGUUAAUAAUAAAUAUGAUGUGGUGGAUAGGUUGAGUCGAACUCUCAUUGUGAAUGUAGGGAAAUACGUGUUGUAUCACUGGAGGUAGAAGCCCCAGUUUUGUAUUUCAUUAUUGCGUUUAUACGUCACAAUGAACGAUAUAACUACUUUUAAUAA